UGGGCAGCUUCUAUAUAUCUUUACUUUUACUCAGCUCCCAGCCCAAGUGCCGUGAUGUUUGCAGCCCUGGAAAGCAAAAACGGCAGAUUGUAACCCGAGCCUUUGCAGGGAUUAGAGCCUCGGCCCAUGCAGCCCAGCCUCCUCGCCUUGCUGCUCCCCCACAGUUUUCCCCAUCCCCGCCACUAGGGUAUGCUGCCGUCAGACCUCGGCAGAUGCGACGCGGGAUAUCUAUCAGAUCAACCAGCGAGCGGGCGCCGGCGCGACCUUUAACACCAUCUCUCGUCUUCAUAUUCUCUGCCCUAUCGCGCCUCGCAUCGAUAUCCUUCCUCGCGCCCGUCGACGACACCCUCAAUUGAUUCACUUCCUCCCCUGCACAACAACGUUCCCUCACCAUGUCCGGUCCCGGCGUCGGCUUCGAGUUCCCUCGCACUGAGGUGUCGUGGCUGAAGCGCGACGUGCUCCUGUUUGCCAACUCGAUCGGCUGCAAGGCCGACGAGCUUCACUUUCUCUAUGAGCUUCACCCCGACUUCGCAGUCUUUCCGACGUACCCAGUCGUCUUGCCCUUCAAGACCAACACGCAAGAGGUGAUCGACUUCUACAAGGCCGAAAAGUCGGUCGCCAUCCCGGGCGUGCCGGCCUUUGACCCGACGCGCGUGGUGGACGGCCAGCGCCGCAUCGAGUUCCUCCGCCCGCUCCCGGCCACCUCGGCGGGCCGCAAGUUCGAGGCGCGCACCACCGUCCUCGGCGUCUACGACAAGGGCCGGCCCGGCACCGUCGUCGAGACGCGCACGGACCUGGUCGACGCCGCCACGGGGGACGUCUACACGCGCGCCACCGGCUCCGGCUUCUACGUCGGCCAGGGCAACUGGGGCGGGCCCAAGGGCCCCGCCACCGUCAACUACCCUCCCCCGAAAGACAAGAAGCCGGACGCCGUGCUGAGGGACGCCACCUCCCUCGAGACGCCGCUGCUGUACCGCCUCAACGGCGACUACAACCCGCUGCACGCCACGCCCGAGCCCGGGGCCAAGAUGGGCUUCGGCGGCGUCAUCGUCCACGGCCUGUGGCAGUGGAACUCGACCUGCCACCUGCUGCUGCGGAACCUGGGCGGCAGCGACCCGCGCAACAUCAAAGAGUACCAGGCCCGCUUCGCCAGCCCCGUCAAGCCGGGCGUCGAGCUCGAGACGUCGGUGUGGAGGUCGGGGAAGCCCGACGCCGACGGGUUCGAGGAGGUCAUCUUCGAGACGAGGGUCGUCGGCGGCAAGGUUGUGCUCAGCAACGGCCGCGCCGUCAUCAAGGUCGUCGGCCCGCCCAAGGCUGCCGCUGCUGCUACCCCGAAGCUGUGAUGGGCGUCCACAGUACAUAUGAGAGCUAGUAUAUAUAUGCCACGAUACAAAUAUGCCCAUGGCUGUUUCGUGUUGUUGCCACUGUUCCCUUUCACCAUCAACCGGCAUAAAUGUGU